UAGCAACAUUGAAGUCCUGAGGUAUUACGAGAACUUCUGAAAAAACGAAGAGAAAUGAUUCACAGCUCAUACACCACCACUUGCGUAAUUUGACAGGUACUGCGAAGAUCGUCGUUACCGAGGGACAACGAGCGACGAUGCACUGUCCGUCAGCCAAAGACAAACACGUAGCGCUCAUACAGUGGUUCAAAGAGGACGACAAAGGACCCAUAUAUGAAUAUCAAGUACUGCCUCAUCUAGACUGGACGCACUUCGAGAACACUCACCGCAAGCUGCCCCAUCAGCAUCGCCCUCGCCCUGACUGGCAAGGCAGAGCGUUCUUUCGCGGUGGCCACGAAGACAGCCCGGCACUGACCGUGACGAAGCUCGGCCCGCGAGACCAAGGGACGUAUGUUUGCAAGACGACCUUCAAGGACGGGGCUUCCAGGACACUGGCAACUUCCUUGUUUGUCGUCGGGUCCACAAACCAGCCAACCAUUUUUGACGAGAAAGGACAGGAAGUCCACGGCAUUGCAGGACCUUACAUGGAGGGUGACUCCCUGAUCCUGACCUGCGAAGCCAAUAUGGAUUUUCGCUUGACGUGGUAUUGGAACUCGGCUGCCACAGCCGGCAAGUUUCUUCGGGAGGCCAACAGCGUGUUCUCGCAGUCGACGCUCACGCGGCACAACUUGUCCCGGAAGGACCGUGACACCUACGUUACAUGCGUUGCCACCAAUGCGCUGGGCGCCACAUUGAACAAUACCAUCAAGCUGAAUCUCUGGACGCCUGCUUCGGCAGUGCGUAUCCGGGCUCGGCCUUUCAAGAACGGCGUACCCGCCAGCGUAGAGUGCGAGGUGCUGGGUUCGAGACCUACUCCCCUCGUCACGUGGUACGUCGGCGGCGAAGGUCCUCUGGACGCGACGUUCACCCACGUGCAAGACGACGCCGAUGUUGCCACCAGUGUGCUGACGUUGACGCUGUUUGCCAAGGACCGUGGCAAGACGAUCAUGUGUGUCGUCGCUCACCCGGUGACGAAGGACCGGCUGAACGCCAGCUUCGUUGUGGACGUUCACUACAAGCCCUCGCUUCGACUGACUGUCAACGCCACGAGAAUUGAUUCUGGAGAGGACCUCUUCAUGGAAUGCGAAGUGGACGCCAACCCUCCGGCGAGGGAAGUGAGCUGGCAUCUCAGUGGCCGCCUCUUCAGUAUCAGCGAAGCGCCUGGCGUCCCGAACGCUUCGAUUUCAUUCACCAGGGCGCACCUGGAUCGCUCAGACUCGGGGAGCUACCAGUGCCGCGCAUGGAACAGUUGCGGCGCAUCAGUGAGCAACUUGGUUGCCGUCACUGUUACCGGAGCGGAUGGCUUGUCGACUCUACUCACGGCUGACUUUCAAGUGAUCGCACUCUCUGCUCUUGCAUCAAUAACAUCGCAAGUCAAGAGUUUUUGAUGCGAAUAAAUCACCAAACAAAGUCUAACUUUUUGGUUUUCAGAGGUUCAAGUUACGCCAUA